UACUGAAAAUAACCUAACUUUUUUAAAAAAGUCCAACUGCGUGAAGUAAAUAAGUUAAAUGUGUAAAUUAUAAAACUGCAUACGAUAUUAAUAUUUUUUGCUAUGGAAUCGAAACUGAAACGAUAUGAAAAAAUUGAGUUUCUUGGUGAAGGUCAAUUCGCCACCGUUUAUAAAGCAAAAGAUGUAGAAACAGGUAAUAUUGUAGCAGUUAAGAAAAUCAAACUAGGAAGUAGAAUAGAAGCAGCCGAUGGAAUUAAUCGCACUGCUCUGCGAGAAAUCAAAAUUCUUCAAGAAUUAAGCCAUCGCAACCUGAUAGGCCUAUUGGAUAUUUUUGGUCAUGGUUCAAACGUUUCGUUGGUGUUUGACUUCAUGGAUACAGAUCUUGAAGUAAUCAUUAAAGAUAAUACAAUUAUUUUAACCACAGCCAAUAUAAAAACAUACAUGAUACAAACGUUACAAGGCUUAGAAUAUUUACACUUAAAUUGGAUCCUUCACAGAGAUUUAAAACCGAACAAUUUAUUAAUUAAUGGUAGUGGAAUUCUCAAAGUGGCUGACUUUGGUUUGGCAAAGUUAUAUGGAUCUCCAAAUAGAUUAAACACUCAUCAAGUUGUAACAAGAUGGUAUCGGUCUCCAGAGUUACUAUAUGGUGCAAAACAGUAUGGUGUUUGUGUAGAUAUGUGGGCUGUAGGAUGUAUAUUAGCAGAACUAUUACUAAGGGUGCCUUUUCUACCAGGAGAAUCAGACCUGGAUCAGUUAACGAAAAUAUUUCAAGUCCUAGGGAAUCCCACAGAAGAAAAUUGGCCAGGAGUAAAGACUUUGUCAGAUUACAUUGAAUUUAAACCUUUUCAACCUGUACCUUUGAAGCAUAUCUUUACUGCAGCUGGUGAUGAUUUAUUAGAUGUGAUAGCAUCAAUGUUUGUGCUAGACCCAAGCAAACGAAAGACUUGUACAGAGGUGCUGAAAAUGCCAUUCUUUAAUAAUAAACCAGCUCCCACUAUUAAUUCAAAACUACCUUUACCACAAAAUGUAAGAAAACUUAAAGAACUAGAAAGGCCUUCCUUGAAAAGAAAAUUACUGGAUUCUGCAGAAGGAGGGACAUUAUCAAAAAGGUUGUUUACAUGAAUUCUAACCAGUCAGCUUUUAAAAUAUGGAAAUGAUUUAGUUAAAUUUUUAUCAAAUCUUCGGAUCCUACAUAAACUAUGAAACUACUCAGAAAAUAGGAACAUUUUUUUAUUAGCUUAAAGAUUAUGAAAAAAGUGGUUUGUUUAUUUAAUAAAUACUAUUUAUUUUUUAAGAACGUCAGUUAUUACCUAUUAGAUAAUUCAGUCAUAAAUAAAAAAUAACCAUUUCCGAUAUUUGUAAUCGUUAUCUUAUUAUUGUAUUUGUCUAAUUCAGU